AUGGCUCAACCAGGUCAACCAGGCCAACCUAGCCCCCAGCAAAUGGCUGCUAUGCAACAACAGUUCGCCGCUGAAGCCGCCAAACGAGGACUGACCCCCGAACAAUUUGCCCAGAAGCAGCGCGAACAAUUGACCGCCGAUGCUGCUAAGCACGGAAUGACUCCUGAUCAAUACGUCGCGCAGUUGCGGAUGCGAGCGCUCCAGGCGCAUCAGAAGCAGAUGGAAGCUCAGCGACAGGCCCAAGGGUCACAACAGCCCGGAUCACCAGCACAGCCAGGGCAACCACAGCAGCAGCAGCAGCAACAACAGCAACAGGGUCAAGCACAGGCUCCAAAGCCAGGACAGCAAAUGCACCAGGUUCCUGUCAACGCGGGUCAACCGGCCGACCCUAAGGCCCUGGCCGUUGCCAAGUUCCUUCGUUCGCAGAACCUCAAGCCACGAACCUGUAUUAUGGAUGGACAGCGAAAGGAUAUGUUCAAGGUCAAGCGAGCCAUCCGCGCUAUUGAGUCCCCCGCCUACGCCAAAGCCGCCGCAAAGAAGAACUCUCUCCUCCCACCCGUUACCGAUCGCGCCUCUGCCGAGAAUGUCUUCAAGCUCCUCCCACUCUCUCUUCUCGCUCUGCGAGUUAGCAAGGUGGACCCCCACGCAGGCCACAACCACGGCAAGACUAAGAACCGUGUUAAGGGUCUGUGGACCGUUAAGAUCGAGCAGCACCAGGAGACAGACCCAAUGAUGCAUUAUGUCUGGUUGUGGGAGGGACCACAGUGGAAGCAGAAGGCCAUGGCCGCGGCUGUGGUGGCGGGUAUCUUUGCCGUUGUACUCUUCCCGCUGUGGCCCAUUAUGCUGCGUCAGGGAGUUUGGUAUCUGAGUGUGGGCAUGAUGGGACUGCUUGGUCUUUUCUUCGCCAUGUCUAUCUUCCGAUUGAUUCUAUUCUGCAUUACUGUGUUCGCUGUGCCGCCUGGUCUAUGGUUAUUCCCUAACCUAUUUGAGGAUGUUGGGUUCUUUGACAGUUUCAAGCCCUUGUGGGGUUGGCAAGAGAGCAAGAAGAAGAAGAGCAAGAAGGUCAAGUCCGGAUCUACUGAUACCCCCGCCAAAGAAAUCGCACCAUCAGCAACAACUACCUCUGCUGAAACAGCAUCUACUCCCAGCUCUGCACCUGUGAAGCGGGAUCUGACAGCACGAGUAGAGGAAGUGGAAGAGUAA